CGGUGCGCUACGGGAGCGUCUAGUUGUAAGAGCAGGUGUGCGUGUGUUGAGCGGAGCUGUCAGUGCCUUGGCUGGUGCAGCGAUUCCGACGGCUGCAGUCUUCAAUAGCGGUAUCAACAUAAUGGAGAACAUUAACAGAUGCACCUAAGUGGUAACAGCAGUCUUCAAUACUACUUUCCACAUUGCAAGCUGAUGUCCAGAGCAGGUGGAAAACAGCAAUGUGUGGUGUGUGAAAAACAUGAAACCUGCUUGAGCAAUGUGGCACUACAUUCAGAGAAAUUCUGGAUUUUCUGCAGAAAACCAAAAUGGGAGAACAAAACAAGGAAGGAGUUCGUCUGUCUGGAUAUUUAGAAAAGAAGGGGGGUAUGAAACUUAUACCUGCCUGGAAGCAAUAUUGGUUUGUUCUAAAAGGCCAGCUGCUGCUGUAUUACAGAUCUGAAGCUGAUUACCUAAAUAUCUCUGUACACAAGGGAUCUAUAAACAUGGGACUAGCAUCUAAUGUACGUCCAGGACUAAACCGACCAAAUAUAAUAGAGAUCAUCACUCGCACUCAGAUCGUCACACUGAGAACCAAAGAUCGCAGCACACAAGAACAAUGGCUUCAAGCUAUGCUGGAAUCAAUGGCAGUUCCCAAGUCUGCACGAAACAGCACUGUGCCUAUGCAUAUGCGAUACUCCUUAGACAAUUUACCUGUUGUAUCGAAAGAUGUACAAACUGCUGACAAUAACAACUGUGCAACAACUGUAGGGGAAAGCAAGGACAGCAUUAUAGCCCGGAUAAAUAGACUGGGAGGUCGAUCAUAUGGAACAGGAAGUUUUGAAUCUGCCAUCCAUCGACACAGCAUUUCCCAUCGAGCAGCACAGGAGACUGAGAAUGGUGCAGAAGUGGACAAUAGAAUUUCCCAAGAUGGCAGCUAUGUCUCUGAAUAUGCAUACAUAGAUAAUAAACUCUAUCACAGAUCACAAAGUGAUAGUAUACACAAUAUAUCAUCUAGUGCUGCUGUGGUAAAAAAUAUAUCUGAGGAUGAAGAUGAUGAUGAUGAUGCAUAUGAGCAACUUCCAGUUGAUAGCUUAAAAAAACAGGCACAACAUGAGCAGAGACACACUGACUCUUUAGAAAGAGAGCAGCAUACGGUUUCAACAAUACAGGGAAACAGACCCCCUAUACUGGAACCAGAAUUACCUCCACGUUCACCUUCCAAACGUAAACAACAUAUUUCUGAUGCAGAGGAAGACUUGGAAUAUGCAGAGUGUUAUGAAGAGGUGGGGCUUAAUGAAAAUAAACAAGGAAAUGGGAAAGAAAAAGCAAAACUCAAGAAGAAAAAUUCUAAAAAGGUCAAGAGCAAAAAUAAGGAACUGAAACAGGAGCCAUUAAAUAAAGAAAAGAACAGCAAAAAUGGAAAGAGCAGUUUCUUUAAAUCAGUUUUUGGGCACUACCGCAAAAAAGCAGAGACAGAAAAAAUAAGUAGUGGUCCAGAUCAGGCAAUAACAGAUUUACCUGAAGAACCUGCAUAUGAGUCCGUUGAAUGCACUCCUGCCAUACCUGCUCCUGCCAUACCUGCUGAUGUUUCAGAGACUGAUUUGUCAGAAGUAUCACCAACCAAAGGAGUUUGCAAGAGAAGUUUACUGCCAAGUAUCACCUUAACGGAAUUGCAACAGAAACUUAAAACCUAUGAUGACCACAAGGAUGGUGAAACAUCUAAUGCAGACAAUAAAGGCAAUAAUGGUAUUCCAGAUGAUGAGCACACUGAAAAAUCAUCAGAGAGCAGCCCUCCCAGUCUGCCCCCACGCCGAAGUAUUGAGAGACGACCAAGUUCUCCAUGGCAUGAUGUUCCUACAAACAAUUCACCUGUGGAUGGCGAUAGCAACAAAUUAACACUUAGUCAAGAACAGCAGGACUCACUGCUUGGCACUCCUGAAGGCUUUGCACUACUUAAGAGCAAGUGGCAGGCAGCAGAAAGGGGUGGUGAGUGGAACCCAGAGUUACAUCACCUCAAGUUGUUGCAGUCACCUGAUGAAGACAUAAAGAAAGAGGAUUCUGAUUCGAUGCCCAGUCUUAGCCAUUUAUAUAGUAAGGUUGACAAGAAGUCGAAGACAAGUUUGGAUAAAAUGGACUCACGUGAACUAAACUUUCAGCCUGGAGAACAACAGUUAAUAAUACCAGUGUCACCUUCACAUAAAAUACCAAUCACGAGGACUGAUGUGAGAGAGGAACAACUAGAUGGGGACUAUGGUAUGAUGGAUACAAGUAGAGAAGACUCAAAGAAAGAGGAAGAAGACAAUUUUCAACAAGACAGUUUAAUGAGCUGUCUCUCAAGUGACAAAGAAUACAUCAUAUCUCGUGACUCAUUGCAGGAUAAGUCUCUGAGUUUAGAGUUACCCACUGAUCAGAAGAAUGAGAGGCACAUUCAAGAACUGAAUAACAGGAACUCUAAUGAUCUAAAUAUUCUUCUAGCACAACUUGCUGAAAUUACUACAGCUCCCCUGUUGACACCAGGAGCAACUAGCAGUCUUGUAAACUAUCCACACUCAGAUAUGAACGACAAGUUGGCACUGAUGGAGCCCAUACGGCGGCGGAGACAUUCAGAACCUGAUUAUGAUAUUCCUCGGCCACAUCAACCCUUAUUAAUUCAGCCCCCUUCUGAUGCUGAAAGAUCACCAAAUUUGGACAAGAAGCAUAGAGAACGCCACCAGUAUGAGGAUGCUAUUAGCUGCAACUUAAGCAUUAGUCCAGAUUCACUGGAACCAGUUCCGAGUCACUGAUAAAGAACUAUUUGUGAUUAGUUGUGUGUAGUGUAAAUUUGUAAAUGCUCAGUUGCAUUGACUGAAUUCAGAGACUGUAUAAAGCUAAUAUGAUUGUAAAUAAUGUAUGUAAUCAUGUAUUAAUAGUAUAGAACAUUAAACUUGAAAUGAGAUAUUUAAAAAUAAAAGCUGUUCUUUAUAUUCAUAGUUGCAGUCAUUUUGGAAGCUUAUUUUAUAUAGGAGAGCAGGAGCAAAUUCCCCCAAAAUUCUUUGCUCUGCACUUUAUUACAAUGUUACACAUAGGAAAAAACUCAAAUUUUCUACCAUUCUAAAGGAAACUUUAUUGGUAGAAAAAAUGGACGAAGUUGUGGCACCAUUAAAAGAUUGUAAAUCUGUGGACUGAAAUUUUAUUUUAUGUUUUUUCUUUCAGAUGUGAGAAUACAAUUAAG